GAAUAAGUGGAGAAGGAUGCGGUGGAAGGAAAGGUGGACGCCGCACGGUCGCCACUCCACCUCCCGCCAUCCUUCUCUAUCCCUCCUCGCGUAACCUGCCUAGUCCCUGCCUGCCGGCCCUCAGCACGCGUGGGAACCAUCGGCAAGGGCCCGUGGGGAUACAAGCAUGGACUUCUAGGCAUCUCUGCCCCGCACCACGGGCCGGGGUGUCCCUGUCUUGCCUCUCAGCCACCUGUUCACCACGCAAUGUCGUGGGGGCAGUAAUGCGACCUUCACUUUGGUGGGGCAGCGCGGGAAGAAAGAUAUGAGGAUCAGCAAAAAUAGAAUUAUUUCGCCUCGCGUAAGGGGGAAAGGAAAAGAGAGCGGAGUAAGGAAAUCAAGUGGACGAAUUAGUGAAACAUGUACAUAAACGACGAGACACAGACGCAACAACUGGAGGAAAGACGGACUUACUCGUACUUAUCAUCACUGUUCUCAACACCUGACGGAGAGGAGAUGUCCAUCGUGGUGACAACGCUUACCAUCGCGACGCAGCUAUGGAUGUCGCACAUCGUCCGCGACUUCCUCAGCGGGAAGGUCGGGAACCAGCUGCUUAAGGGCUGCCUCCUGGAGCUGGUGGCCUGCGCCGAGAUGUGCGGUGUCUCAUAUGAGCUAGCCUUCGUCAACAGGUUAUUUGGCAUCUGGGCGUGGAGUUUGUGUGUGUUCCUGUUGAUUCUGUGGCGGGAGCGGAGUUGGGGCGCUACGACUGCGUGUCCCUACAUGCUCCUGGAACAGUAUGUGGAGGCUGGAGCAAACCCACUGCAUGUCUUUCUUAAAAUACUUGCUCAGAUAACGGGAGCAGUGAUCUCGUGCAGGUGGGUGAAGCGACUGUGGGCCAUGGAGGAAGAGAUGCAGGUGCCCGAGUGUUCAACCGACCUGCAGGUGCCCGUCGUGAUCGGUUUUCUGAUUGAAGCUGUGCUCACCUGCGUCUCCAGACUCUGCUCAAGGACUUUGGGUGAACUCCGACCUAAGUAUGCCUCUGUCAUCGACUCCCUUUUCACCACCGCUCUUGUGAUCUUAGCUUUCGACUAUUCUGGCGGCUACUUUAACCCCGUGCUGGCGACGGGCCUCAAGUGGAACUGCCAGGGACACACCAACACUGAGUACAUCGUGGUGUAUUGGGCCGGGUCCAUCCUGGGUGCCAUGCUGUCACUGCGACUCUGGACCGUUCCCUAUGUCAGGGCCACCCUUCUUGCCCCCUUCCAGACCAAGAGUAAAUCUCAGUGAAGCUGCUGAGUCGACGCCGUCCUUCAGCCGCAGCGGUGAGGGAAGAAGUUGUAGAGUCAUAUCUUGAAAUUAGUUCACUGCCUGUUUCAUUAACACUGAUUAGUGUUCCAUGUAUAGCAGGGUACACUUAUCUUCGAUUUGGAUCUCGAAGUUUACUGUCACCUCUGCUGAGAUUAUGAUUUACCCACAUUUAUGUUUACCUGUUUGCAACAUUUCUUUGAGAAGUUAUUAAAGGAUUCUGUGACAUUUUGAGUAAAUGCGCUCUGGGAAAAAAAAAAAAAUUUAUAUAUAUAUAUAUAUAUAUAUAUAUAUAUAUAUAUAUAUAUAUAUAUAUAUAUAUAUAUAUAUAUAUAUAUAUAUAUAUAUAUAUAUAUAUUUAUUUAUUUAUUGAGGUGUAACUUUUCCCAGCCACAUAAGUACAGAAUGCCAUAUUUCAUGCAUAUUCAAAAAUUUUUUGCUAUAGCACAUUAUUGUAAAGUGUUGCCAGAGGUAUGCACUGAGUGCCUUCUUCUUUUGUGCUUGUCAUGCUAACAGUAAUUUUAUUGUUUUUAUGUAUUUAUAUAUUGGUAAGUUGAUUAUCUAUGAAUUUCUUUAAUUUGCAUUCCUUUGCAUAAGUGAUGACUGUGAUCCACCACUUGGGAAGGGCUGCACAAAGAUCUUCACAUUGGCACACUUUCAGCCAGUCAUUACUUAAAUUAACAUUCCUUCAUAGCCAGGGAAAGUUGCAGCAAGAGUGAAUUGUGUUCAGAGUAGUCACUGUGGCCAGUAUAGUGUACUGUGAUUGCGACCGUCCACUUCAGUGUGCAAGUAUUUCAUAUGAAAAUAUAUUUAUUCAUACUUGGGAAUUAUGUCUAUAUACCAAGCCAAUGUCCCAUAAAAGGGAGAUAGCUGAAACAACACCCCAACACACACUUAACACCUCACACACAUGCACACUCAAAUAUUUGUUGAGACCAACAAAACUCAUCUAUACACUUUAGGAGUCCUACAGUAUAUAUGUUUAGUUAAAUUAAUGUGUAACAUGGGUUGUCCAUGUAGUGUACACAAAUCCAGUAGAGUGCCAGAUGUUGUUUUGUAUUACGGUUGUGCCAAGCAAAGACUAAGCACUAUGUCUUCACCAGAGUGCCGUGCCACAUGAACCACUAGUUACUUUCCUGCAUUUACCAUGUCAUGAUUUCCUAUUAAAGGUAAAAAGAAAGCUUCA